CUGAAUAAGCAUGGAGCUCCUUGCCCAGAUGGUUAUAGUGCCUUCUUUUUCCAAACCUAUUGGGAUAUUAAUUGUUAGUAAAGAUGUGGUUGAAGCUGUUAUCCAAUUUUUCAUAUCUAGCUGGAUCAUUCCAAACAUGAAUGCAAACAAAGUGGUGCUGAUUCCUAAGAAGGAGAAUUCAGAUUCCAUUGGUCACUACAGACUCAUUGCUUUGGCUAAUUUUAAAUAUAAAAUUAUUUCGAAGAUUUUAGCUGACAGACUGGCCCAAAUUCUCCCAUCUAUCAUCUCUAAGGAACAAACGGGUUUCGUCAAAGGUAGACAGAUUAAAGAUUGUAUUUGUCUAACUUCAGAGAUUAUUAAUAUGCUUCACAAGAAAUCUUAUGGUGGUAAUCUUGCCAUUAAGAUUGAUAUAGCCAAAGCUUUUGAUACCAUUGACUGGAAUUUCUUACUUAAUGUUUUAAAAGCUUUUGGUUUUCACAGUACUUUUUGUAAUUGGAUUAAGGUUAUCCUUGAGUCUGCAAAGCUUUCUAUCUCAAUUAAUGGUAAACAAGAGGGUUACUUCUCAUGUAGUAGGGGGGUUAGGCAGGGUGACCCUUUAUCACCUUUACUUUUUUGUCUUGCUGAAGAGGUCUUCAGUAGAGGCAUUACUAAUUUAGUCAAUUCUGGUCACCUUAAGCUCAUUCAAGGUAUCAGAUCUAUAGAUAUUCCCUCUCACUGCCUAUAUGCAGAUGAUAUUAUGCUUUUUUGUGAGAUUGUAAUGUGGCUCAUUAUCGGUCGGUUGGUCGACAUAGUAGCGUAGUUUUGGCCUUAAUUAUCUUCCAGUUUUCUACCCCAAAAGAAACGAUUGCUAUACUGAAAAGGCCAGGUAGUAUUUGUUUUUAUCAUCAUAACAUAAGGAACGUAUUGUGCAGUGCAGGGCAUGAGUAAUGACUUUUUGCCUUUUAGCUCCCAUGUAUAUGCUUCUCUGUAUCAAUUGACUUGACUUUUCAAUAUAAUCUCUUUUUUUUUUUUUGGUGUGUGAAUUUAAUAAAAAUUUAAUUUUGCAUUCUUCAGAACUAGCUCUUGCCACCACUAUUUAAAUGGAUGCAUAUAUCCUCUUUAUUCUCACAAAACUAUCCAACACAAACAUAACUAAAUUUCAUAAUGAAGUCUUUUUCUUUGUUGUCACCUACACUUUUAUACCUUCAUCUUCUUUUGCUGUUUACCUUCAAUUUAAUGUGGUUUGACACUAAUAACAAAACUGUGGCAGUGGCUGCAAUAUUAGGAAACCAAACAGAUCAUUUUGCAUUGCUCAAAUUCAAACAAUCAAUAUCCAGUGAUCCAUAUAAAACUCUUGAAUCUUGGAAUUCUUCCAUCCACUUCUGUAAGUGGCGUGGAAUCACAUGCAACCCCAUGCAUCAAAGAGUUAUAGGAUUGAACCUCAAAGGACAUCAGUUACAUGGAUCUCUAUCUCCACAUGUUGGUAAUCUCACUUUACUGAAAAAUCUCAAUCUUGGAAACAACAGCUUCCAUGGAGAAAUCCCAAAGGAGUUAGGUAAGUUGCUACAAUUGCAACAACUUUAUCUCACCAAUAACUCUUUUGUAGGUGAAAUUCCUACAAACUUGACAAAUUGCUCCAAUCUCGAAGACUUAAUCUUGGAUGGGAACAAACUGGUUGGCAAAAUACCAAUUGAAAUUGGCUCUUUGAAAAAGCUUCAAGUAAUGUCUGUUUAUAAAAACAAAUUAACUGGUGGAAUCCCUUCAUCCAUAGGGAAUCUUUCAUUUGUAAUGCUGUUAGAUUUUAUUCGUAACAACUUAGAAGGAGAUAUUCCACAAGCUAUUUGUCGCCUCAAAAACUUGACAGUUUUAGGUCUGGGUGAGAACAAUUUGUCUGGAACCCCUCCAACAUGUCUUUACAACAUCACAUCACUUACUAUAUUUUACAUGCCAAUAAAUAACUUUCAUGGCCCUCUUCCACCCAACAUGUUUCACACUCUCCCAAAUAUCAAACAGUUUGGUAUUGCAGGAAAUCAAUUUUCAGGUCCAAUCCCCACUUCUAUAAAUGCAUCUUCUUCCAUUAGUUAUCUUGAAAUGGCUGACAAUAAUUUUGUUGGACAAGUUCCAAGUCUAGGAAAGCUAAAAGAUUUAUACCUUCUGAAUUUGGAACUCAACAAUUUAGGUAACAAUUCCGCUGAGGAUUUAGAGUUUUUAAAACCUUUGACAAACUGUAGUAAAUUGUAUUUAGCUUCUUUUGAUCAAAAUAACUUCGGAGGCGUUCUGCCAAAUUCUAUAGGCAAUUUAACCAAUGAGCUUAAAAUGCUAUAUCUUGGGGGUAAUAUGAUAUCAGGAAAAAUUCCUGCUGAAUUAGGUCGUCUAGUUGGCUUAUUGUCAUUGUCCUUGGAAUCUAACCACUUUGAAGGAGUUAUUCCAACUACUUUUGGAAAGUUUCAAAACUUGCAAAUGUUAAGUUUCAGCGGAAACAAGUUGUCAGGAGAUAUACCACACUUUGUAGGUAAUCUCAGCCAAUUGUAUCAUUUGGAUUUAGAUCAUAAUAAGUUUGAGGGAAAUAUUCCUCCAAGCAUAGGAAAGUGUCAACAGUUACAAAUCCUAGAUCUUUCACAUAAUAAGCUUAGAGGAACCAUACCUUUAGAGGUUUUUAAUCUUAUUUCUUUAACAAACCUCUUGGACUUGUCACAUAACUCUUUGAGUGGUAACUUACCAAAAGAAGUGGGUAUGCUAAAAAAUAUAGAUUGGCUAGAUGUUUCUGAAAAUCAUUUGUCUGGGAAUAUUCCUGAAACUAUUGGUGAAUGCAUAAGCUUAGAGCACCUCAGCUUACAAGGAAACUCCAUCAAUGGAACAAUACCAUCCUCUUUCGCUUCUCUAAAAGGUCUUAGAUAUUUAGAUCUUUCAAGAAAUCGAUUGUCUGGAUCAAUUCCUGAUGUUAUGCAAAAUAUCUCUGUUUUAGAAUAUUUGAAUGUAUCUUUUAACAUGUUGGAUGGUGAGGUACCAACCAAUGGUGUCUUUGGAAAUGCAACCCAAGUAGAAAUGAUUGGAAACAAUAAUCUUUGUGGUGGUAUCUCACAGCUGCAUCUACCACCAUGCCCUAUCAAGGGCAGAAAACACACAAAACACCAUAAAUUCAGGUUGAUAGCAGUGAUAGUUAGUGUGGUUUCUUUUCUUCUCAUACUUUCAUUUAUUAUAACUAUGUACUGGAUGAAGAAAAGAAAUCAAAAGCGAUCUUUUGAUUCACCAACAAUUGAUCAACUAGCUAAGGUUUCAUACCAAGAAUUGCAUCAAGGAACCAAUGGGUUCUCUCCUACAAACUUCAUCGGAUCAGGAAGUUUUGGUUCUGUGUACAAAGCAAAUCUUGUGUCGGAAGAUCAUAUUGUUGCUGUAAAGGUCCUGAACCUCGAAAAAAAGGGAGCUCACAAGAGUUUCAUUGUUGAAUGUAAUGCACUCAAAAAUAUUAGACACCGAAAUUUAGUUAAGAUUUUAACUUGUUGUUCUAGUACAGAUUACAAAGGUCAAGAAUUCAAAGCUCUGGUUUUCGAUUACAUGAAAAAUGGAAAUUUAGAACAAUGGUUGCAUCCUGAGAUUUUAAAUGAAGAGCAUCCAAGAACAUUGAGCCUUGGUCAAAGAUUAAACAUAAUUAUUGAUGUUGCUGAUGCAUUACAUUAUCUUCACCAAGAAUGUGAGCAAUUGGUCCUUCAUUGCGAUCUAAAGCCAAACAACGUCCUUCUUGAUGAUGACAUGGUUGCUCAUGUGAGUGAUUUUGGAAUAGCAAGACUUGUCUUAGCCAUUGGCGGCAGCUCUCGGAAGGAUACUAGCACAAUUGGAAUAAAAGGGACAGUUGGUUAUGCUCCUCCAGAGUACGGAAUGCGUUUUGAAGUUUCCACAUGUGGUGACAUGUAUAGCUUUGGAAUUCUGGUGUUGGAAAUGCUUACCGGUAGAAGACCUACUGAUGAAGUUUUUGAAGAUGGUCAAAAUCUGCAUAAUUUUGUUGCAAUUUCAUUUCCUGAUAACCUUAUGAAGAUUUUAGAUCCACAUAUUGUAUCAAGAGAUGUAGAAGUAGCAAUACAAGAUGGAAAUCGUGAAAAUCUUAUUCCAACUAUUGAAGAGUGCUUAGUUUCACUUUUUAGGAUUGGAAUUAUUUGUUCGAUGGAAUCACCGAAAGAAAGAAUGAAUAUUGCAGAUGUCACAGGAGAGCUUAGCAAAAUCAAAAAGGCCUUUUUCACCGGUGUUCACGCUCAUAAUUAGAAAUUAAAGCUGAACUAAAUUUCUACGAUGAUUCGUGGAAAGAGAAGUGUAUUCCGCUUGAUGCAUUGUUGUUUAGAAACUAAAUGGUUCAGCUGGAAGCGUGUGUGCUUUGCUUAGUUUACUAAUUUGUUACUCUGUGAAUUCGGUUAUGUCAUUUGAUUCUGUAUCAUCGUGUUUAAUGUAGAUUUGCUAGCUGCAACCUACUAGUUGCUAUAAAUAAGUAAUGUUGUAUUGCUUUCUAAUUCAAUGAAACGAGAAUUGAUACUUCUCCCAUAUUUAUCUUCAUUUUCAUUUCUUUGUCAUG